AUGAAGCCUGAUUCCAAUCCAACAUCAAAUAGGCAAAGUUUGGGCUUUAGCAUGAGCCAUCAUAAUCAAUCCGCGUUUCUCACACGUAUUGCCGUCAGAACAAGCACGUGGGAACUGUCACUCAUUUCUAUUUACAUUUUGCUUAUUACAUCGAAUCCAAUUCUACAUACUGUUGAGACGUGGGAACAGCAGCUCGCGUCGGCCAACACCACCCGGACACUGGUGGUGGUGGAUUUAACGGCUUCAUGGUGCGGGUCAUGCCGUUUUAUAGCACCAGUCCUGGCUGAUCUUGCUAAGAAGCUGCCCCAAGUCCUAUUCUUGAAGGUGGAUGUUGCUGAAUUGAAGAGUGUGGCUCAGGAUUGGGCGAUUGAAGCAAUGCUUACCUUCAUCUUCCUGAAAGGAGGCAGCAUAGUUGACAAGGUUGUGGGUGCAAGGAAAGAUGAAUUGCAGCAGAAGAUUGAGAAGCAUGUGGCUGCACCCGAGCAGAAUGUAUGAAUUCAGUAUUUAAUUGCUGCAGAAACUAGGAUCUUAUCAAAUAUGUGUGUGGAGAAGAACA